GCAAAGCUAAGCGCUGGCUUCUUCUUCUUCUCUCUCUCUCUUUUUUUAUUGUCAUUGACAUUUAAACUGUGUGGCAGAUUCUUAUGUAGAAAAUUGGCGAUCUGACUUGCCAGUGACCGACUCGCAGAGGCGGAAUUGGGAAUCCGCGGAACAUGCGCCUCCGCCUGCCCUCCCGCUAACAGCGCUCCGCUUUGGAGGAAAAGCCUGAGAAUCGGCGGUGGCUGCAGUUCUGGCGAAGUCUCCCUCCGCCUUUUUUGAGCCGGCUCUUCUCUUCUGGCAGCGUUUGGGGAAACCAUCUGCGUGUUUCUGUUACGCGGCGAUGAUAAGCUAAGAAUUGCUCUAUUGUUGCUAAAUUCGCCAAAGCUCCGUUUAACUCGGUGUCCGGCGCAUUAGAGGUUUCAAGGGCUUCUCCCCCCCAAUCGAAGUCGGCAGCCGGUGUCCUGAAGGCUGAGGCGUUGUGGAGCGACCCGUCAGUGUGGGUGAAUCUCUUUAGUCUGAGACUGAAGUGGACAAGAGGACUUUAAGCCCUUUUCGGGGAACUCAAGAUCACACAACCAGCAGCGUCACUGGAGAAAAACUCUUUUACUGGCAACCCUUUUUGAGACACCGCCGUUUCAAAUCACGGGCGCUUUUUAAAAACUGUUGACAAGAGCUUUGACAACAAGACAGGAUGCCUCAAAAAGUGGGAAAACUUUAAUCAGCACUACACAGAUGUGUGAUUCCUUAAAUUGCAUGAGAGGAGAGUCCACUCAUAAAUCAGUGCCCUCUUCCCGAGCCACGUGGGAUCUUGCUUCAUCGGUCCACAAUGCAGAACAGUCACAGCGGCGUGAAUCAGCUCGGAGGUGUGUUUGUCAACGGGCGGCCGCUGCCAGAUUCAACCCGGCAAAAAAUCGUGGAACUGGCCCACAGCGGGGCUCGGCCGUGCGACAUCUCCCGAAUCCUGCAGACCCAUGCAGAUGCAAAAGUCCAAGUGCUGGACAAUCAAAACGUGUCGAAUGGCUGUGUGAGUAAAAUUCUGGGCAGGUAUUACGAAACUGGCUCCAUUCGACCGCGGGCAAUCGGAGGUAGCAAGCCGAGAGUAGCGACUCCAGAAGUUGUAAGCAAAAUAGCGCAGUAUAAGCGGGAGUGCCCCUCCAUCUUUGCUUGGGAGAUCCGAGACAGAUUACUAUCGGAGGGGGUCUGUACCAACGAUAAUAUACCCAGCGUCUCUUCGAUCAACCGAGUCCUACGCAACCUGGCUAGCGAAAAGCAACAGAUGGGAGCAGAUGGAAUGUAUGACAAGCUAAGAAUGCUGAAUGGGCAGACAGGAACGUGGGGCACCAGACCUGGGUGGUACCCGGGGACGUCUGUCCCAGGACAACCAACGCAAGAUGGCUGCCCACAACAAGAAGGAGGGGGUGAAAAUACCAAUUCCAUCAGUUCAAAUGGAGAAGAUUCAGAUGAGGCCCAGAUGAGACUCCAGUUGAAAAGAAAGCUGCAGAGGAAUCGGACGUCCUUUACCCAAGAACAAAUCGAAGCACUUGAGAAAGAAUUUGAGAGAACCCAUUAUCCUGAUGUGUUUGCCAGAGAGAGACUAGCUGCCAAAAUAGACCUGCCUGAAGCAAGAAUACAGGUAUGGUUUUCCAACAGGAGGGCAAAGUGGAGACGAGAAGAGAAACUAAGAAACCAGAGAAGACAAGCGAGCAACACCCCCAGUCACAUUCCCAUCAGCAGUAGUUUUAGCACAAGUGUCUACCAACCGAUUCCACAACCCACAACACCGGGUUCAAUGCUGGGCAGAACAGACACCGCGCUAACAAACACAUACAGUGCUUUGCCACCCAUGCCUAGUUUCACAAUGGCUAACAACCUGCCUAUGCAACCCCCAGUACCCAGCCAGACUUCCUCUUAUUCUUGCAUGUUGCCCACAAGUCCAUCAGUAAAUGGGAGGAGCUAUGAUACAUACACCCCUCCUCAUAUGCAGACACAUAUGAACAGCCAGCCAAUGGGCACCUCUGGAACCACUUCAACAGGCCUAAUUUCUCCUGGAGUGUCAGUUCCUGUUCAAGUUCCUGGCAGUGAACCUGAUAUGUCUCAGUACUGGCCAAGGUUACAGUAAAUCGUGGGCUGAUUUUGCAAAUGGCUAUAUGGACAUCAGUUGGAGGUUAAUCUGUAUUUCUAAAAGAAGAAUGGCUUUCCACAUACUUCUGUACUACAACUGCAUCCUAUGAUGUAACACACGAGGAAAGACUUUAACAUGGACCUUUGUAUACUGAAGGAAUUAUAUCAGUUGGAACAAAUCUUCAUUUUGGUAUCCAAACUUUUAUUCAUUUUGGUGUAUUAUUUGUAAAUGGGCAUUUAUAUGUUAUAAUGAAAGAACAAUGUAGACUGAAUGGAUGUUUGCUUUUGUGUUGGUCAUGAAUUUUUUUUUUUAAAGGAAGCCAUGAUCAACAACCUUUGCCAUGAAUUAAGAGUUUUAUCAAACUGUAUCGAAUACUUCUACCAAUUUGUUCAUAGAUUCCAGACUAUGCUCCAAGUCUAUAUUAUUUCACUGCAUAUAAUUCAACCGGGAACAAUUCAGAGUAUAUUUCUGUAAGGAAAAUAUCUGUUGCAAUUUCCAAAGGUUAUAAACAGAUGAUGCUUAUUUGCAAACAUAGGGUUAACUUCAAAGAAGAAAAGUUUGAUAGGAAAAGGGUAGAUUGUGUCUCCGAUAUAAUCCAAUUUGUUUUAUGUCAAAAUGUAAGUAUUUGUCUUCCCUAGAAAUCUCCCAGAAUGAUUUCUAUAAUAAAGUUAAUUUCAUUUAUAUUCAACAAGAAUAUUCUAUAGAUGUUUUACACACAUUUUCAUGCAUCAAACAUUUCUUUUUUGGUCAGCAAAAGUUAAUUGUUCUUAGCUAUAGUUGUACUACUGUUCACAGUCCAAUCAUUUUGUGCAUCUAGAAUUCAUUCCUAAUCAAUUAAAAGUGCUUGCAAGAGUUUUAAACUUAAGUGUUUUGAAGUUGUUCACAACGACAUAUCAAAAUUAACCAUUGUUGAUUGUAAAAACCAUGCCAAAGCCUUUGUAUUUCCUUUAUUAUACUAUUUUAUUUUUAACCUAA